AUGGACCUCAGGAACAUAGUCAAUAAUGACGACAAUAGUGGAUCCAUAUUUUCGCUGCAGUCGUCUCCUUCGAGAAGUAAGCAGGGCUCUCUUGCAUCACUGCUGAAUACCGAGAGCACUGCGGCUGGAACUGCAGGGGCAAAGAAACCCAAACGGUAUGACACCAUACCAAUUUGGGCCCAAACCUGGAACGCCAGCCAAACCACGCCUAACAGCAUAAGCAAUCAUAAUGAACAUUCAUCAAGAAUAUCAGAGUUCAAACUAAUGUCAAAAGAGGACAUCCAACCAAGCAGUUUGGGACAUAUUGGUCCUGGUGGAUACCCUUCACUUUUGGGUCUACCAUCUAGUCUGACAGGUGUGAUCCCGGCGGACGAUGUCACGACAAAAGUUUGCAGUUGGCUCUACAGCCACCUUUUUCAGCUUGAAGAUCAACGAAAAUUCAUUGAGCUAGAGUUCAAAAUGGGCCAGAUCAUAGAUCGCAACAGUAAUCAGCGUGCAAGCCUCCCCUGCAUCACCGAAACGGUUGUAUCCCCAGAAUAUGCUAGAGAGCGUCUUACCUUCGAGGCCUCUAUUGAAUCAUCUCAAUUUUCGCGAGUAGAAUACCUCAUUUCAGGCUUAUCAAAAAGACAGGGUGCAGCCCCGUUGACAAAACUUCCAGAUAUCCGCCAGAAAGACGUCAUUUACGCUCAGCAGGGCUCUGGUGCCAACAUACGCUUAUCAUAUGAUGAAAAUAACAACUUGGUUGACCGACUUAUCAAGAAAAGAAUUGCAAAUCUUUUGAUUUUCUGCCCUGGUGACCUCACUGACUGGCGCGUAUCUUUGUCGACGGAAGUGCAGUUUUCGGGGUCGACGGAAGAGCUGACUCGACCAAACAAAAUUCGCAAUAAAAACAGACAAUCUUGGCAAACAAGUGGCCUACAGAUGGAUCUGACUGGAGUUAUCAGCGAGGGUGGGGACCAAUCCAAAUCAAAAGAGGUUGAACUUGAGAUGGACAAGGAUCUUAUUAUACAGUGUUUCGACAACUUUCAAUCCAAAAAAGAUGGUGAAGCUAUGGAUAAGUUUCAAGAGCUUAUCAGGUUUGGUGUCGAUAGUUGUCGGACUAUUUCGCGCUUUAUUUCACGAUGA